ACACCGGAUCCAUAACGAAGAGGUAAUUUCGGGAAUUAAAAAAAGGCAAUGUUUGAUUGGGAGAAAGUCAUGUACUAUUUUAUCCUGUUUUGUCAAUUUUGAUCCCAUUUAUUGUUAUUUAUUUAUUUAUUAUUAGGGUGAUGCCAAGUCCCCGGCGAUGGUAGCGAAUAAUGCGAUAUCUAUUCAACAUGAAAAAGAAACGGAACUAUUAAGAUCACAAUUCCAACAAUUGGUAGAAUUAAAAGAUAUGGAAUUACAAGAACUAUCUCGUCGAUUGACUCAAUUAACAUCACAUCAAAAGGUGGAAAUGCAAUCACAACAAGAACAAUAUCAAAAACAGGUUUCUACUUUGGAAAUGGAUAUUCAACAAUGGCAAGAAAAAUUGAAAUCUAAAGAAAUGGAAAUGGGAUGGUUGGAAACUGAUGUUGAAGGUUACGAGGUGAAAAUCAAAGAACAAAGUGAUAGUAUUAAACGUAUGGAACAAGAAAAUAUACAAUUGAAACAACAAUUGAAUCAAUAUCAAGAUGAAAAUGAACAAAUGUUAAGAUUGAUUCAUCAACUUCAAAGUGAAAUGCAUAACCUUCAUCACUAGAUUAGUUUAGUUCUCUUUUUUUUCUACUUUAUUUUUAUGAAAAUAAACUUUUAUUAUUUUUGAUCGAUA